CCAAGAGUUGUGGGCGGAGCAAGGAGGAGCUUCUCUGGGGAACCAGGCUGAAGGAACCGGAAAUUCCUCCAUUCCCUGUUGUACUCGGGGAUCCUCCUGGUCCAAACCUGAUAAGAAAUUCUUCCUGGGUCCGAGGGAAACUGAAAGUCCGGAGCCGCAGUGUCCGCGCGGGGCGGGCGGCCUGGGAAAGUCAGCGUCAGCAGCAGCGCAGUGGCGGGAACCGCAGCCCGGCGGCCCUGGAACCUCCCAGAUGUGAAAUUUCAACAAGAGCUCAAGUUUUCUCCUAAGACACUCAGAGAAGAGCCAGAAGAACAAUGGAUGCUUCUGUGGGAAGUGCUCCCCAGGGUCUGUUAUCACUCAGGGAUGUGUCUGUAGACUUCUCACAGGAAGAAUGGGAAUGUCUAGACUGUGAACAGAGGGCUUUGUACAUGGAUGUGAUGUUGGAGAAUUACAACAAUCUGCUUUUUGUGGAGUUCCAUCGCUUAGGUUGCAAAUGGGAGACAGUCUUGCACCAAGGCACAAAGCAUUUUGUCCAUGACCGUGAAAAUAUUCAAGAGAAGUCUCAUACAUGUAAUGAGUCUGGCAUAGUGAUUCCUGAAUCCUGCCAAUGUACACCUUUUGACACAAUGGAUACUGCCAAAAAUGUCAACAAGUCCAGAUUUGGUAACCAAAGAGAUGCCUGCAAUGAAACCUUAAACCUCAACAGACACAACAUUGGAAAUGCUGGGGAAGAAUAUUGUAAAUAUGAAGAUUGUGUAAAGUUUUUGUAUUUGUGUUCCAUCUUUAGCCAAAAUCAAAGAACUCACAUAGGAAAGGAAGACUACAAAAAUGCAGAAUAUGAUGCAUCUUUUGAGUACAAUACAGAAACCAAAUUUAAAGAAACUGAUUGGGGAGAGCAUCCACAUCAGUGCAUGCAAUGUGAAUUCUUCAAGACUCACUCAAACCUUAUUAGGCAUCAGAGAUCUCAUACUAGAGAGAAACCCUAUACAUGUAGAAAAUGUAGUAAAUUAUUUCUACAUUUUUCACAACUCACUACAUAUUAUAAAAUCCAUUGUAGAGAAAAUCCCGACAAAUGUACACAGUAUGGUAAGUGUUUUAAUUAUUUAUCAAAGUUUGAAAGAAAUUUCAACAUCCACAUCCGAGAGAAAUCUUACAAAUAUAGUGAAUGUGACAAAUCUUUCACUGAGAAAUGUAAUCUUACAACUCAUCAGAGAAUCCACACAGGAGAGAAACCUUACAAAUGUAGUGAAUGUGAUAAAUCCUUUUUCAUGAAAUACCAUCUUACAACUCAUCAGAGAUUCCACACAGGAGAGGAACCUUACAAAUGUAGUGAAUGUGAGAAAUCCUUUUCCAAGAAAUGGUAUCUUACAACUCAUCAGAGAGUCCACACAGGAGAGAAGCCUUACAAAUGUAGUGAAUGUGAAAAAUAUUUCACUCAGAAAUAUAAUCUCAUAACUCAUCAGAGAAUCCACACAGGAGAGAAACCUUACAAAUGUAGUGAAUGUGGGAAAUCCUUUAUCAGGAAAGACUAUCUUGAAGCUCAUCACAGAAUGCACAAAGGAGAGAAACCUUACAAAUGUAGUGAAUGUGACAAAUCCUUUUCAAUGAGAUGCUAUCUUACAACUCAUCUGAGAAUCCAUACAGGAGAGAAACCUUACAAAUGUAGUGAAUGUGACAAAUCCUUUAACAGAAAAGAUUAUCUUAGAACUCAUAAGAGAAUCCACACAGGAGAGAAACCUUACAAAUGUAGUGAAUGUGGCAAAUCCUUUAACACAAAAGACUAUCUUCGAGCUCAUCGGAGAAUUCACACAGGAGAGAAACCUUACAAAUGUAGUGAAUGUGGCAAAUCCUUUAACACAAAAGACUAUCUUAGAGCUCAUCAGAGAAUCCACACAGGAGAGAAACCUUACGAAUGUAGUGUAUGUGGCAAAUCCUUUAACACAAAAGACAAUCUUAGAGCUCAUCAGAAAAUCCACACAGGUGAUAAACCUUACAAAUGUAGUGAAUGUGAAAAAUCCUUUUUCAAGAAAUGCCAUCUUACAACUCAUCAGAGAUUACACACUGGAGAGAAGCCUUACAAAUGCCCUGAAUGUGACAAAUCCUUUUCCAGGAAAUUCUAUCUUACACCUCAUUUGAGAAUUCACACAGGAGAGAAUACUUAACAAUGUAAUGAAUGUGAUCAGUCAUUAACACAAAAGACUGUCUUAAAAGUCACCAGGGAAACCACACAGGAGAGAAACCUUACAAAUGUAGUGAAUGUGACAAAUCCUUAACCAGAAACGAAGUCUUAUAACUCAUCAUAGAAUUCACACAGGAGAGAAACCCUACAAAUGUAGUGAAUGUGACAAAUCCUUUACCAAAAUAGUCCAUGGUAGAACUCAUCAGAGAAUCCACACAUUAGUGAAACCAUACAAAUAUAGUGAAUGUGAAAAACCCUUUCUGAGAAAGACAAUCUUAGAAUUCAUCAGAGAAUCCUCACAGGAGAGAAGCCUUACAAAUAUAGUGAAUGUGACAAAUCCUUAACCAGAAAACAAAUUCUUAUAACUCAUCAGAGAAUUCACACAGGAGAGAAAACUUACAAUUUUAGUGAAUGUGUCAAAUUCUUUAACAGAAGAGACCAUCUUAUAGCUCAUCAGAGAAUCCACACAGGAGAGAAACAUUACAAAUAUAGUGAGUGUACAAAUCAUUUAGCAGAAAAGGCUAUCUAAGAAAUCACCAGAUAAUAUAUAGAAACAACUUACAAAUGUAACAAAUUUGAGAAAUCCUUUAGUGUUGUUUCCAGUUCUUAGAAUAUGUUCUGGAAUAUUUCAUCACAGCAUGAAACUCAAGUUUUAAGUAUAUCAUCCACCAGAAAACUCAACCUGAGAAAUGUUUGUCUAAAAAUAAUGUUUGUAAUACAUCCAAGUAUUCACACAGGAGUGAAAAAUAUAAGAUGUAAUAUACAUGCAAAAGACGUUACUAGCCUCUCAGGUCUAAGAACGUUUGUCAAAAUUCAUAACAGAGAUAAAAGUUUCAGUGGGGAAAAAUUGGCAUGUGCUUCAAUCAAACUGUGUCCUUUGCUACACUUGAGACUCCACACUACGGAAUCAUGAACAUGACAACUUUGGGAAAGAAUUUUAAGUUAUUUUCAAAUCUUAGAAAGCAUUGAUACUUUGACAAUUUUGAUUGAAACUUUAUUUGUUCAAUCUCAAAUAGUUCUUAAUGAAGAUGAAACGCAGAAUUCUGACGUACGCGUUGUUGUGUAAAUGUGCUGAAGACUAUAAUGAUCCAUUCAGAAGGAAAGCUGAUUAGGGCAGGACCCACAACACACAAAACAGCCUCAAUAACUCUCCAGCACUGACAGGAUUCAAUGUAUCUAACUCAAAUGAAGAAGCUGAGAGAUGUCAUAACCCUUAAAAGAAUAACCUAAGCCCUAAGAAAGUAUUAUCUUUAUCUUGUUCAUAUGCUUACAGGUAUGCAGUGUGUUUCAGCUGUGCAUUAUUCAUAAGCUGUUCCAUAGCUGGUUUUGACUUCCAUGAUAGCAACUGUGUUUAAGUCCCUUAUACUCUGGUAAGCAACUGCUUCCCCAUAUUCGUGUACUCAAUUCUAAUAAAGCAUUUAGUUCAACGAGUUGAACUUCACUUUGUUUACAUUUUCAGAUGGGGCAAUUAGAUGAACGUGCAUGUUGUACCUCCCCAGGAGUUGUAUUUCACAAACAUGUGCCCAACUCAGUAUUUGUUUCUCCAAAUUUGUUGAAAACAAGAGCUUGAUAAUAGCAUAGCAGUUCUGAGCCUGUCGUCUGUGACUCCUUUAGGAUUCAAAGACCCUUUCACAAGGGUUCCUAAGAUACAGUGCAACAUAUUUUAAAUGAUUUUAAUAACUGAGAUAUUAUGCCUUUCUUGUUUCUGGAUGGAAAUAUGUCACCUUAUGUCAUCUGGAACAUCAAGGUUGUGGCAUUUGUGUUAAUUACCUAAAGUUUACCAUUGUGAUUUUAGCAAUAACAUGUUCUAGUGCAUGUAAAUGAAAAUUUGUCUGAUUUGCUGCCCUCAGUUCGUUCAAUAAAUCCAGGCUUCCAUCUUA